GGAGUAGUGGCCAUUGGUUGGGAUGAGUACGGAGUAGUGGCCAUUGGUUGGGAUGAGUACGGAGUAGUGGCCAUUGGUUGGGAUGAGUACGGAGUAGUGGCCAUUGGUUGGGAUGAGUACGGAGUAGUGGCCAUUGGUUGGGAUGAGUAUGGAGUAGUGGCCAUUGGUUUUAUCAGUUAGUAGAUCAUUAGUGAGGUUUAGUAGGGCAGUGUCAGUGGAGUGUAGGAGGGCUUUUUAGGUAUGGGAGGGAGGGGAAGACACCAUUAGAGAGGGAGAGAUUGAAGAUGUGUGAGUGAGGGAGCAUAGGAUGGAAGAAGAGGGUGACCGUACUAGUUGUGAGGGGACAAGAUCCAGGGGGCAGG